UGCAUCUCCACCAUCUUCAAUUUUUGUUUUCUUUUCCUGGCGUUUUUGCUUUUUUGAGUUUCCUCUUGCUUCUUCCCUCCAUUAUCUUCUUCAUCUUGUCUGGCUGCUCCUCCAUUCUCUCUCGCUCUGUCGCUUUACCAGAAGAAUCUCGCCAGGCAGAUUGAGCGUACUCUGGGGGCGUCAAUGGCCGUGCCUCUCUUCAACCUCGCUCCUGACCUCUCCGUCUCCAGGCUCUGCUUAGGAACUAUGACUUUCGGCGAGCAGAAUUCCAUGUCGGAAUCGUUCCGCCUUCUCGACCACGCCUUUGACGCCGGGAUCAACUUCUUCGACUCCGCCGAAAUGUAUCCAGUGCCUCAGCGUGCUGAUACUCAGGGCCGGAGCGAGGAGCAUCUCGGCCGUUGGGUUAGAGACCGGAAAAUUCCUCGCGAUCGAGUUGUAUUGGCCACAAAGGAGUCUUCGAUAAAAUUUUCCAUGAAGGUGAGUGGACCAUCUGGGCAAAUGACUUGGAUUAGGGACGGGCCAAAGUGUUUGGAUGCUUGGAACAUAUCCGAAGCCAUUGACAAUAGUUUAUUGAGAUUGAGGACAGACUACAUCGAUCUUUUUCAAAUACAUUGGUCUGAUCGGUUUUGCAUUUUCAACAGAUAUGUGCCAAUGUUUGGAAAGUUUGAGUAUGAUCCAACCCAUCAGUACAGUGCAAUUACCGUAGAGGAACAACUUGAGGCACUUGGCAGAGCCGUUUCCUCUGGUAAGAUUAGAUAUGUUGGACUCAGUAAUGAAACACCUUAUGGUGUCAUGAAAUUCCUCCAUGUUGCCAAGAGAGUUCCUUCCUAUCCUAAGGUUGUGUCGGUGCAGAAUUGCUACAGUUUGCUCUGUCGAACUUUCGAUUCGGGGAUGGCAGAAUGUUGCCAUCACGAGAGGAUCAGCUUAUUGGCCUACAGCCCUCUAGCGAUGGGUAUACUUUCUGGUAAAUACUUUUUACCUGAUGGUGGACCACUAGAUGCUCGGUUGAAUCUUUUCAAAGGGAGGUAUUCAGAAGGAGAAUCAAGGUACAACUUGUCCAAUAGUAUCGUGACGGCAGCAGUCAUGGGGUACCUUAAAAUUGCAGACAAGUAUGGGCUAUGUCCUGUAGCACUGGCAAUUGCCUUUGUUUUGAGACAUCCUUUGGUUGCAAGUGCUAUAUUUGGCGCAACCAAGCGUUGGCAGCUCCAGGAGGUUCUUGAUGCAUGCAGCGUGGAGCUCAGUCCUGAAAUAGUUGCAGAAAUCAAUCAAAUUCAUGCGAAUUAUCCAAAUCCUUGUCCCUGAUCAGUGUCUUCUUGGUUUUGUUAUAUUCGUCCCGUGCAUUAUCAGAAUUUCGAAAAGUCAGCUAGGCUUGGAGGGCUGGAGAAUGCACGGCCCAUCCAGCUUCGCCCCUUGACAUUACUUGUGGUACUUGGUGUCGCUUGGAUCGCGGCAAAGAAGUGAGAAAGAGGUGGAGCAAGUAGAUGUUAGAACGAGCAAUGCUUUAUAUUCCUUCGCCUUGUUUGAACAGCGGAUAACAUAGAAACCAGAGUGGGCCGAACAUCUGUGGAUGGAGACGAAGAUUGAGAAAUUUUAUUAUGCCAAGGUGCCCUCGGAAAUUUACUUGUAAGAAUCCCAAGUUAAU